AUGCCUAGCGCCAAUAUCCAAGACCUCAAUGCCAAGAUGCAGGCGCUCAUUGAGCACAAACAUACAUGCCAGCCCCCUAACACCCACCCAACUAUCUUCUUCCUUUACGACUUCGUCCGCAACAGCCAUAACCAACUGAAGGCCGUCGACGCCGACAAGUACGCUGCCGGUGACAACGGUGCUAAGACCGCCGUGAACGAGAUAGAGGGCCGCAAUGCAUUUGCCAACAUGCUCAUUAAUGACAAGUCUGGAAAGCUAUCUAUGAUGACCGGCGGCGACCCCUCCAACCCUGCUGACUUCGGCGCGGAGAUCAAGAACAAGGCCCUCAUUUUGACCCAGUAA